AUGUACCUGCUUAAAGUUGAGCACUUCAAGUUUCUUGCUCACGAAGAAGAUCACGAUCACCUCCCUUCAACCUCUCUCAACGCCUUCCCCUCUCUGCCACCCCAACACUUUCAAGGGGUUGCAUCACCAGUCAGGUUGAAGCGAUCCAUGUCGUUUUCAGGAAUUGAGAACAAGUGCGAUGGGUUGAAUGGAGAUGAUGAGUUAUCCGACGAUGGGAACUUUCAGUGUGGGGAGAAGAAAAAGAGGCUGAAUUUGGAACAAGUGAAGGCUCUUGAGAAGAGUUUUGAGUUGGGGAACAAGCUUGAGCCAGAAAGGAAAGUGCAGUUAGCUAAGGCUUUGGGGUUGCAUCCAAGACAAAUUGCCAUAUGGUUUCAGAAUAGAAGAGCCAGAUGGAAAACCAAGCACUUGGAGAAGGAAUACGAAGCACUCAAGAAGCAGUUUGAGGCAGCUAAGGCUGAGAAUGAUGUUCUUAAGAUUCAGAAUCAGAAACUACUCGCAGAGUUACAAGCAGUAAAAAGUAGGGGUUGGUGUGAAGCUGGAAUAGUCAGCCUCCUGAAGAAAGAAACUGAGGGUUCACAGAGCAAUGGAAGUGAGAACAGCUCAGACAUUAAUUUGGGUCUCUCAAGAUCACCGACUUUGAACAAUCCUAUGUCUUGUCAACCACCCUUUUCCUUAAAUCCCACCAGCAUAACCCAGAUCCUUCACUAUUCGUCAAAACCAGAUCUUCAAGAUGAUGGUUUUUGCAACAUGUUUCAAAACAGUGAUGCACAAAAAAACUUUUGGCCCUGGCCUGGUCAACAGAACCACCAUUUGCAUUGA